ACUCAUGUCAAUGGAUAUAUCAAGGCCUCGACUGUCUUACACUCGUCCUUCACUCUACAUCCUUCAGGUAAAUCACAUAUAUUCGCUAGUCACCGCCCAACUCGGCCACUUCAAGUCAGAUCAAUAUGACGGCCAGACCACCCCUGCGUGUCCUCUUCUUCGACGUCUUCGGCACGUGUGUACAGCAGAGGCCGCCUGUAGCGGAUGAACUAUGGAAGGCCGCAAAUGAGGCGCUUGAAUCGAAUGCGUCGAUCAAUGAUGAAGUGCGGGCCAAGGCCACGGAGAUGACAUAUGAGAAGUGGUUCGAGUUUGGGGGAGAAUGGAACGGAAUCGAGCACACUGUCGUCCGCGAACAGAUUGCCAAAACCGGCACAGUAGAUUGGCGAGCAGUCGACCAAUAUCGCCAGGACGCCCUGCGCACUCUCCUCGCCCGCCACGGCCUGCUUCUUCUCCGCGAAGACCCCACCACCUCAGAGGUCCACAUCGAGCCAGGCUCGCUCUUCGACGCAGCGCAAUUCAAGCACCUCGCCACCAUCUGGCACCGGCUUCCCCCGUGGCCCGACACUUGCCGCGGCUUAGACCUGCUCAACAAGAAGUUCUCGACAGUCACGCUGAGCAAUGCGUACAACGACUUGAUGAAAGGCCUCGUGGCGCACAGCAGUAUCCCGUUCACCCAGGUGUACACCUCCGACCUGUUCCACUCGUACAAGCCGAACCCCAAGGUAUAUCUCGGAGCGGCGGAGAAGAUGGGCGUGAAGCCGGAGGAGUGUGCGCUUGUGGCCGCGCAUCUCGGGGAUCUGAAGGGAGCGAAGGCGUGUGGGUUUCAUGCGAUCUAUGUUGAACGGCCGCUGGAGGAGAAGACUCCGGCGUUGCGAGAAGAGAACAUUCCCGAUCUUGUGAUCAAAGAGGACGAGGAGGGAUUUGUUGCUCUUGCACGGCGUCUGGGGAUCCAAGCUGAGUGAAUGAUCGGCCAUGCCGCUCUUCACCUACACUUAGAUAUGGACAGGUGUAGACAGGGAUUAACAGAGAUACAC